UUACAGUACCAGCGAAUUGAAUAUCGAAAACCAUGAAAGCCUUUCUCUUUGCCAUGCUGGCUCUUGCCUGCAUAACAGAAUCUUGCAUGGCCGCGAGCAGGCUCGCGGCGGCCGGAGCUUGCUCGCCGAGCGGCAAGAUACGAGGAAAAAAGCCGCCGCCGGGGGAAUGUAACCAAGAGAACGGCUCAGACUGCUGCAAGCAAGGAGAAAUGUACACUACCUAUAAGUGCUCACCUCCGGUCACCGGAAACACCAAGGCCACUCUCACCCUCAACAGCUUCCAGAAAGGCGGCGAUGGAGGCGGCCCGUCGGAAUGCGACAACCAGUACCACUCAGACGACACGCCCGUGGUGGCGCUUUCCACCGGAUGGUACAGCGGAGGGAGCAGAUGCCUGAAUCACAUCAAGAUCAGCGCUAAUGGAAGAAGCGUGACGGCUAUGGUUGUGGACGAGUGUGACUCCACGAUGGGGUGCGACGAUGAACACGAUUAUCAGCCGCCUUGUCAGAACAACAUUGUGGAUGCUUCUAAGGCUGUGUGGGAAGCUUUGGGGUUAGACCAGAAUGAAGGAGAGCAUGAUAUCACUUGGACUGAUGCCUAAUAUAAUUACCUGCUAUUCUUAUAGCUUGCAUUGCGGAUUGUAUGUCUAUAUAUACAUGGAUCAUUGUAUGUCUUAUGUAGGAUGAUGUGUGAUAUUAAUAAUAAAAGUAUUUUUAUGGAUAAAA